AUGGUUCCGAGAAGGAGAGGGGAAGUCGGCCUUCCGAGGAGGAAGAAAGAGUCGGAGGGGAGGAGGAGCUCCUUCACCUCCUCCUCGUCCUCCUCGGACGGCGAGGGUCUGCUCUCCGGCAGCCGGACCCGCUCCUACGGCAGCCUGGUCCGCUCUCCGGUUCGGGAGAGGCAGCUGCAGCACCUCGUUCAGCCGGGAGAGACGCUUCCAGGACUGGCUUUGAAGUACGGCGUGUCGAUGGAGCACAUCAAGCGAGCAAACAGACUGUACACCAACGACUCCAUAUUCCUGAAGAAAUUCCUUUACAUCCCUGCCUUGACCAGUCCGGAGGCUCCGUCGGGUAGCCAGUCAGAGGCGGGGGAGGAGGGGGCGGGUCCGCCGCUGGGAGAGGACGGCAUGUCGGCCAAUGGGACGGGAGGAGGAGGAGGAGGAGGAGGCGGGGCCAGUGAAUCGGACCCUGUCGAUUUGACAGCGGCGGAUUUCCUGAAGAGACUGGACGGCCUGAUCAGCCAAUCGAAAGAGGCGGCCGUCAAGAAGAUGCAGGAGGGAGGAGAGGAGGGAUUACUGGAAGGCGACGCCCCCUUUCGCGAGUCGGCCUAUCACAGCUCUCGAGUGCUGAGCCCCUCGCCCCGGGCGCGGCAGAGCUCCCUGUUGGGUCCCGUUCCGCUGACAAAGACCCGGCUCACGAAGUCUCUGCGGGACCACGAGGACGAAAUCUUCAAACUCUGACUCUGCCGUGCCCGUCCUCCCCACCUCCCCCCGAACUGUUUCCCAAUUUCAAACUGACGGAGCCUCACUGUGAUGAAACACAGGAGACCUUAAACCUACAAGGUGGACAAUUUUGCAUUGCCCUAUAGAAUGAACUACGGCUCCCAGCAUGCCUCUGCUCCUGCAGCAAUGGCGAGGCAUGCUGGGAGCUGUAGUUCUUUAUGUCGUCUCACAAGCGGUACAGACUUCUAUGACGUCAUGUACAACUGUGGCCAGCAGUUUAGCGUCCCCUUAAGGAAUGAACUAAUGUUGCUUCAUAGAAUCCAAUGAAACCUGCUGAACAGUGUCACGUGUUAAGAGCUGCAUGCAGAUCCUAAUAAAGUGGCCGGGCAGAGUACAGUGACGUCAGUGUAGCUCAGUUCUCUCCCUGCAAGCGUGCUGCAGGACUGCUGUAUAUAAUUCAUAACUGUGUCAUUUGAUUUUAGAGUGGUUUAUUGAAAACACAGCUGUGUUUUCCUUACACUAUGUUUAAUUCAAUGUGUUUUUUACACGUCUUGUUUAAAUUA